UUGUUUAAAACAGUUUAGAAUUUCUGUUAAAAACAAAGUAAAAUUUGAAUCUACAAUCAUGACGAACUCAACAACGGAUACUAAUAUAUCAACAUUUGAAAUUGCAAUUGUGACUUUCCAAGUUCUGAUUAUGUUUUUUAUUGUGACUGGCAAUGUUUUAGUGUUGUGUGCCUUCAAACGAUUCCACCACUUACAGACAUCUACAGGGAGAUUCAUUGCUAACUUGGCCAUAGCAGAUCUCUGUCUGGGAAUAACUUUACCAUUCCAGAUCUCCUUCUUCUUUUAUCCAGAGUUAAACUUUAUUAUUGAGUCAUGUUUGUUGAGAUUUGAGCUGAUCAUCUUCACCAGCACAUCGUCGUUGUUGUCGCUAUUUUUCACCGUUGUCGAUCGUUACAUUGCUGUAUUAUAUCCGUUACGAUAUCAUGUGAUUAUGUCAGAGAAAGUGGCCAACAUCUUAAUCUGUAUCGUCUGGAUAUAUGCUGCCACUCUAGCCAUCAUACCAUUACUGGGCUACAAUACAUUUAAAUCAGGGAUGUUCUGUGCUUAUGAACUGGUGAUGGCCACAUCGUACCGACUAUUGGUGGCUUUACAUUUCAUUGUUCUGCCAGUCAUCAUGUUUCUAAUCUAUUGUCGAGUGUUUUUUGUAGCUUGGUCACACAAGAAGAAAAUCAUGUCAGAACAAUGUUUUAACACUAGUAUUCAUGUCCGUAUACAGAAAGAGAUGAAGAUGGCGGUGAUCAUGGCUGUUGUUAUGCUAGGGUUCUCACUGUGUUGGUUACCGUUUGCUGUCAUACAGAUUAUACAGGCAUUAGAAUUCAGCGUCAAUCGAGCGUUUAUCUCUAACUUUCUCGUAUUUCUGGGACUCCUGAAUUCUGUUAUUAACCCAUUCAUCUAUGUAUGGAAAAAUAAACAGUAUAAAGAGGCAUUCAGGAAGAUAAUUUGUUUGUGUCAGAAGUUUGAGACUGGAUGGGACAUGAACUCUGUGUCGCUUCACAACUCAGCACCAAACACUCAGGUCGUUCAGGUUAUACCAUUACGAGAUAUCACGACGGCUCUGGUUGACAAUUAAUUACAAACAAAAACAUUGUUUUCUAUUGCUCAAUUU